AACGCUGCCAUUUUGAAACGGCAGUGCUUUUUGUUCGUGUGGAGCGUUUGCUCGUUGCGAGGCUGUAGAUUGUGGAUUAGUCAAGUUAAGUUUAUUUUAUUAGAACUCAAUCACAAUGAGCUGGCAAGAUUAUGUCGAUAAACAGUUAAUCGCAUCCCGAUGUGUAACAAAGGCAGCAAUUGCCGGUCACGACGGAAAUGUAUGGGCCAAAUCAGAAGGCUUUGAUAUUUCAAAAGAAGAGGUAGCAAAAAUAGUGGCCGGCUUUGAAAAUGAAUCACUCCUCACAAGUGGAGGUGUGACGAUAGCAGGAUCACGGUACAUCUACCUCAGUGGUACGGACCGCAUCAUACGUGCGAAACUUGGCAAAGUUGGUGUGCACUGCAUGAAGACGCAACAAGCGGUUGUUAUCUCGCUGUACGAAGAACCCAUCCAACCCCAGCAGGCGGCAUCAGUAGUGGAGAAGCUAGGAGACUAUUUAGUGAACUGUGGUUAUUAAAGAUCGAAACGCGCCGUGAUCAUAAGAAUAAGAUAUUUUUUCCACAGGGAAAUAAGUAACUGCAUUUUGUAUAUUCUAUAAAAGUGAUAAGGACCGAUAAUUUGUUUUUGAUAUUUGAUGAAUUAUCACGUCAUCGUUUUGAUGCGGUAACCAUUCACAGAUGUGAUUACUUUGCUGACUUUGGAAUAUUUUUAUAUGCUCACCUACAUCGGGAAGUAAUUGUUUCUGUAAAAUGGUUGGAAUUUUGUAUUUUAAUAAAAAAUUGCUUUUAUCGACUUUCGCAACGGAGCACAUAUUCCGCUAUGCUCGGUGGUCUUCGAAGCGUGAUGUAUAGAGAUUUUUUUAAGAUUUCUUUUCAAGCACUGACACCCCAAAACGAAUUGAACAUUUCGCGUAACCUAAAUUAACUGUGGAAACAUACAAAUCAUGAAUUCAUACCGCGCGUACAGCUGCUUGAUAAGAAAUAUAGUUGUAACCACGUAAUGAAAUUACUGUAACGAUAUAAAACAUAAUUAUAUAUGUAAUUACAAGUAAGCAUUUUGUGUAAGGGCUUGUUACAAACGAGAGACACUGUAACCCAAGGAAAACAUUUCAAUGUUAAAUCAAAUCUCUAGUCCCACUGGUACCAUCACCAUCGUGCGAGCAACCCUGUCGAGCGCGCGCGGGCGCGAUGGCGGGCGCGGUGGCGGGCGCGAUGGCGGGCGCGGCUCGCUCGCCGCACGGUGACGUACUGCGCUCGCACACAAUUCGCUAUGCUUCCGUAUUUUUAUGCCGCAUUUUCUCGUGUAGUAAAUAUUAAACGAUGCAUUAUGUUUUUUAAUCUAUGUAUUAGCUGCAGAAAGUAAAGCGCUCAAUUAUAAUCCUGUAUCCUCAAACAAGGCUUGCAGUAAUCGAAGGGUGCAUAUUGUUUAUAUUUGAUAUUACUACUAUAGCUUUGUACAUUGUUUCUGAUAAGCGAUGGGAACUGUGUCUAUCUAAUAAUAAAUGAUUUGUAUUAUA